CGAUAGCAGAUAGCAAGUAGCACAUUAAAAGUGUAGUUUUGCUUCAGCCUUUCUUCAAGAUACAUCAAACAUGACAUCAAAUUCAAGUGUCCUUUUGCCAACAGGGCAAGCAAUGCCCAUUCUGGGAUUUGGAACUUGGAAUAUAAGUGGAAAAGAGUUAGAAGUAGCUCUCGAUGCAGCUUUGACAGCAGGAUAUAGACAUAUUGAUACUGCCACUGCAUAUGAAAAUGAAUGUGUUAUUGGCAACGUUUUAAAAAAAUGGUUUGAUGCUGGCAAACUCAAACGAACUGAUUUGUUUAUAGUAACAAAGCUUCCUCCUAAUGGUAAUAGAGCGAAAGACGUAGAAAAGUGGAUUAAAAAAUCACUUGCAAACUUGCAAAUAAGUUACUUGGAUUUGUAUUUAGUACAUGUACCAUUUGCAUUUGAAAAUGGAGAGGAUUUACAGCCACGUAAUGAAAAUGGAGAAAUAAGAAUUGAUGUAGAUACAGAUCAUUUGCAAAUAUGGUCAGCCAUGGAGAAACAAGUGUUGGAAAAACGUACAAAAGCAAUUGGAUUGUCCAAUUUCAAUAUUGGCCAAAUAAAAAAGAUCUUAGAUAAUACCAAAUUACCUGUUUCAAAUUUGCAGAUUGAAUUGCAUGUAGAUUUUCAGCAGAAAGAAUUGGUAAAGUUUUGUCAAGAUAACAAUAUUAGUAUAACAGCAUAUUCACCAUUAGGUACACGUGGAGUCGUAACAAAAAUAGGAAAAACAGAUACCAUACCGAAUUUAUUAGAAAAUCCAAUCGUGUUAGAAAUUGCUGAGAAGUAUAAUAAAACUCCUGCGCAAAUAUUACUCAAACAUAUUAUUCAAAAAGGUAUAAUAGCUAUACCAAAAAGUUCAACACCUACAAGAAUUAAAGAGAAUAUCCAGUUAUUUGAUUGGGAACUGCGAGUUGAAGAUGUUGACAAGUUAAAUGCUAUUGAUAUGGGAGAAUCUGCACGUAUAUGUGAUUUUUCUUUUUUUAAAGGUAUUGAAAAACACCCAGAAUUUCCUUUCUAAUAUUGUGUUAAAAUUUUACCUCUUAUAUGACUUAUAUCUUAUUGUGUUGCAUUUUUUUAUAUAUGAAAGAUAAUCAUUUUAAGAGAAUGUUAUCAUAUAUUUCAUAUAUUAUAUAUAUAAAAUUGUUGAUAAAUAAAUCUUAUUAAAUAUAUAUAUAUAUAUAUAUAUAUAUAUAUAUAUAUAUAUAUAUAAAACAAAUUUAAAUAAACUAAAGACUAUAAAAAUA